CCCUCCCCUAGCAGCCCAGAGUGAUCAGAAGCAUGCAGAAUGUGGUAGGGAGGGGGGAACACGGAAGUGUGCGCCCAGGGCAGAAGUGACAGCUCCCUGACAGACCCAUGGCAUGAAACUGUAUUGUACGGGGAGCUAUCCAAACCUUGGCACGAAACCCAGGAGCCGCCAUGGCUUCUCUCUCCAGUGCCGAAAGAAGAGCCUUUGCGCUGAAGCUCAACAGGAAUUCUUCAGCAGAAAUAAGGAAACAUCUCUCCCUUCAGUACAGUGGGGAAUUUAUACCAUUGCGUGGCCUUGGUACACCAACCUCUUCAACUCUACAACUACCUCCAUUUUAUGACGUGGUAGACCCUGUUGAUUUUGAAAGCUUCCUCAUGACACACAUCAACAACCAAGAUCCUGAAUUUCGGCAAGAAUUGGGUGACUUUUUUGAAGAUGAAUUGGAUACUGUAUACAAAGCCAAGGAGUGCAGGACUGUGCAGCCUUCUUUACCAGAACAAGGAGUUGAGCUGGAUCCACACGUCCGAGACUGUAUCAGUACGUAUAUACGUGAAUCGCUGAUUGUCACCAGAAAAAGUCAAGAAAACCAAGUAAUAGGAAGCUUUAGCAGAAGCGGAUCUAGGAAAGAUUUUCCCAAGACUCUCCAAAAACAAGUGUUUGAGUCAGAUGAAGCAGAACCUAGACCAAACGAACAGAAUGAUGAUAGUCCAAUCACUUUGCUUAUUGAUGAAUCUGGACAAACUGCACUUACAUCCUGUGACUUUGACCUGCGUGGCUUACGACCAGAAACUCGGCUGAAGAACUUGCUUCAAUUUAGUAAUGUUGAAGAUCUGGAGAGACAAAAUGAAGAAGCUCGCAAAUCCAAUAGGCAGUCAGAUCUUUUUGCUCUCAGUCCACCAAUGGAUGAGGAGGACACCGUAGAAAUACGCCCUGUGCCGGACUGUCCAAAAGAACACAUGGGAUACAGAAUAAUGGUCAAAUUGCAUACUUUGAAAUUUGAGAUUGACAUUGAGCCACUGUUUGCCAGCUUUGCACUCUAUGACUUAAAAGAAAAAAAAAAGAUCUCUGAAAAUUUUCACUGUGACCUGAAUUCCGAAGUGUAUAAGGGUUAUCUGCGCAAUCACAUUCCUAACAUAGCCACAUCAAGCCAAGCAAAGUCUGCUGUGUUUUCAAUUACCUAUCCCUCCCAAGAUAUAUUCCUAGUUGUCAAGAUCGAAAAAGUUCUUCAGCAGGGAGAAAUCUCAGACUGCGCAGAGCCAUAUAUGGUUUUAAAAGAAACUGAAAGUGGAAAGACCAAAGAUAAAAUUGAAAAACUAAAAUCUCAAGCUGAAAACUUUUGUCAGCGUCUAGGAAAGUACAGAAUGCCAUUUGCAUGGGCACCUGUGAGCCUCUUAAACUGCAUUAAUGUUAUGACACUUGAAAGAGAUUCCCCUGAGAGUGAAAACCCCAAUGGAAGAAAUCCGGCUACUGACAGAAGAGCCUCAUGGACUGCAGGAAGGCGUUUUUCUGAUCGAUGCAACUCAUUGGAAGAGAACACCCAAUUGCCCUUCAAGCCUACAACACUUACUGUCAACAGUUUCUUUAAACAGGAAGGAGACAAGCUAAGUGACGAAGAUUUAUUUAAACAUCUAGCAGACUACAAAAGGUCAUCUUUGCAAAGGAGAAUUAAAUCUAUACCAGGUCUACUCAAACUGGAAAUUUCUCCUGUCUGUGAUGGGCUCAGCUCUUGUCUUUCACCUGAGUUGCUCCCAGUUAAACCUGAAGGCCGAACACGCCCAAUUAAAGAAAUACUAGAGUUUCCAGUUAAAGAAGUUUAUGUUCCACAUACCAUUUACAGGAAUAUUCUGUAUGUCUACCCACAAAGGCUAAAUUUUGCAAACCGGCUUUCAUCUGCAAGAAACAUUGCUAUCAAAAUCCAGUUCAUGAAUGGAGAAGAUGCUAAAAACGCUAUGCCUGUCAUAUUUGGGAAGUCCAGUGGCCCAGAGUUUUUGUCAGAAGUCACCACAGCUGUUACAUACCACAACAAAACUCCGGAUUUUUAUGAAGAAGUGAAAAUUAAACUGCCUGCUAAACUCACAAAUAGACAUCACUUACUAUUUACAUUUUACCAUAUCAGCUGUCAGUCUAAACAAGGAGCAUGUGUGGAAACUCUGCUGGGAUAUUCAUGGCUGCCAAUGUUGUUAAACGAUCGCCUUCAAAUAGGACAGUAUUGCCUUCCUGUGGCAAUGGAAAAGCUGCCUCUGAAUUAUUCUAUGCAUACUCCAGAGAAAGUGCCAGGGCAGUCACCCCCCAUAAAAUGGGUAGAAGGGCACAAAGGCGUUUUUGACUUAGAGGUCCAGGCAGUCUCAUCUGUGCAUACUCAGGACAACCACCUAGAGAAGUUCCUCACUCUUUGCCAUGCUCUUGAAGGUCCAGUGACAUUUCCCAUAAGAGUGCUAGACCAGAAAAUUACAGAAUCAUCUCUGGAACAUGAACUAAAGCUCAGCGUUGUCUGUUUAAGCUCUUCCAGACUAGAGCCUCUGGUGCUUUUUCUUCAUCUUGUACUGGAUAAACUUUUUCAUCUUACUGUGCAGCCAAUGGUUAUUGGAAGUCAGACAGCCAACUUUUCUCAGUAUGCUUUUGAAUCAGUGGUGUCUAUAGUGAACAGCCUUCACAAUAGUAAAGACUUAAGCAAAGAUCAGCAUGGCAGAAACUGCUUAUUGGCCUCUUAUGUAUAUUAUGUAUUCCGUCUUCCCGAGGUUCAGAGAGACACGAUCAUAGCAGCUGGAAAUCUGCCAGAGAUGCGCUACUAUACAGUAGGACGUACAUCUGCUGCAUCCGUUGGGUCAAAACUAAUGCAGUCACGUUCACUGAGCUCCAGUAAUCCUGAUAUCACUGGCAAUCAGAACAAUGCAGAUGAAGAAGUCAAAAACAUUAUGUCCUCUAAGGUUACAGGUCGCAACUUCAAUCGUAUGUCCCAUUUUAUUGAAGACAGUAAUGAUAUGCAGCAUGUCAUUGCGUGCACAAGGACAUCUAUAAUAAAGCACUUUCAUGAAGAAAUGGCCCUUCAAAUGGUUGUCAGCACUGGAAUGGUUAGAGAAAGUGUCUUCAAGUAUGCUUGGUUCUUCUUUGAACUGCUGGUAAAGAGCAUGGCCCUAUAUGUUCACAGUGUUGACAAACAGGAUGUCCCCAGGAGAAGUCGCUUCUCAGACCGGUUUAAAGAUGACAUAAGCACCAUUGUAAAUGUUGUCACUUCUGAGAUUGGAUCUCUCUUAAGUAAACCUCAAAAAGAGUCGGAACAAGCUGAGAAAAUCAACAUAAGUCUAGCAUUUUUCUUAUAUGAUUUACUAUCUCUGAUGGACAGAGGUUUUGUUUUUAACCUAAUCAAGCACUACUGUAAUCAGCUGACCUCUAAGCUGAAUUCUUUCCCAACCUUGAUUUCUAUGAGACUGGAGUUCCUGAGGAUCCUUUGUAGCCAUGAGCAUUAUCUCAAUCUAAACCUCUUCUUUGUAACUUCCUCCACGCCUGCUUCUCCAUGCCCUUCUAUCUCUUCAGAGAACUCCAGCUCCUGCUCCAGUUUUCAGGAUCAGAAAAUUGCAAGCAUGUUUGACCUCUCACCAGAUUACCGGCAAAAGCAUUUUCUAACUGGGCUUCUGUUUACAGAGUUGGAUGCUGCCCUGGACUCUGAGAUGGAAGGAAUUGGCAAGGUUCAAAGGAAAGCUAUAGGUGCAAUUUACAACCUGCUGAGUUCACAUGACCUGGACCCACGCUGCCAAAGAAUAGAGACAAAACAAAAAAUUGCUGAUCUUUACCUGCCUUUGGUCAGUACCAUUUUAGAUGCACUUCCUCAACUACAUGAUUUUUCAGCUGUAGACACACGAAGUGGAAAAGCCAGAACCUCAGAUGAAGAGUCAGAAACUCCAAGCACAAUUAACCCAAGUGUAGCAAUGGCUGUUGCUGGAAACCAAUUCAACAUAAAAACAUCUACCAUAUCUUCUGUGCCAGUUAAAGUGUACUCAACCCUAAGCCCUGAAUCCAGCAGAAUCCUGCUAACAUGCUUCCUUUGGAUCAUGAAGAAUGCUGAGCAGAAUGUGAUUCAGAAGUGGAUCACCUAUAUGCCUAUUCUGCAGCUAAACAGAAUUCUGGAUCUGCUCUACAUGUGCGUUUCCUGCUUUGAAUACAAAGGAAGGCAAUCUUCAGACAAAGUCAGCACCUUGGUGCUUCAGAAAUCAAGAGAUGUUAAGGCACGCCUGGAAGAAGCAUUGCUUAGGGGUGAAGGCGCCAGGGGUGAAAUGAUGAGACGCUGGAAGACAGGGAAUGAAAGAUUUGCUGGACUGAAUGAAAAUUUACGGUGGAGAAAAGAACAGACACAGUGGCGUCAAGCUAAUGAGAGGUUAAAUAUGACAAAAGCUGAAAUUGAACAAGAAGCCAUAAUGUGUAGGAACCUGGCAACAGAAGCAAAUGUAACUAUUUUGGAUAUAGUGGAAACUAUCAUACAGACCAGUUUGUCCAUUGAUUGCAAAGAUAAUCUUCUGGGAGGAGUCCUUAAAGUUCUUGUACAUUCCUUGAGUACGAAUCAGAGCAACACCUUCCUUACUCACUGUUUUUCAACCAUCCGUCUGCUAAUUAUUAAGUUUGCAGAUUUUCUGUUUGAAGAAGAAGUGGAGCAAUGCUCAGAUCUGUGUCAAAAGGUCCUACACCACUGUUGCAGUUCCUUGGAAAGCACUCGGAGCCAGGCCUGUGCCACUCUGUACCUCAUCAUGAGAUUCAGCUUUAGCAAUAUCAGUAACUUUGCCAGAGUGAAGAUGCAGGUAACUAUGUCACUGGCAUCCUUGGUUGGAAAAUCACAAGACUUCAAUGAAGAGUUCCUGCGCAAAUCAUUAAGGACGAUUCUGGCCUAUGCAGAAGAGGAUGAGGAGAUGCAGCCUACACUUUUCCCAGCUCAGGUGGAUGACCUUUUAAAUAACCUGAACAGCAUUCUGUCAGACACAGUUAAGAUGAGGGCUUUCCAGGAGGACCCAGAAAUGCUUAUGGAUUUGAUGUAUAGAAUUGCCAAGGGCUAUCAGACCUCCCCAGACCUUAGGCUGACCUGGCUGCAGAAUAUGGCAGAGAAACAUGUGAAGAGGAAAUGCUUUACUGAAGCAGCCAUGUGUUUGGUUCAUGCUGCUGCCCUAGUGGCAGAAUAUUUAGGCAUGUUAGAGGACUGCAGCUAUCUGCCCGUAGGCAGUGUUAGCUUUCAGAAUAUUUCCUCCAAUGUAAUUGAGGAAUCCGCAGUUUCUGAUGACAUUCUCACUCCAGAUGAUGAUGGUGUGUGUUCUGGAAGAUAUUUUUCAGAAAAUGGGUUGAUCGGACUCUUGGAGCAGGCUGCUGAACUUUUUAAUACAGCAGCAUUCUAUGAAACUGUAAAUGAAGUUUACAAAAUUGUCAUCCCAGUUCUUGAGGCGCAUCGUGAUUUCCACAAGCUCGCAUCAACCCAUAAAAAACUUCAGAAAGCUUUUGACAAUAUUGCUGAAAAGGGUCAGAAAAGAAUGUUUGGAACAUACUUCCGUGUAGGAUUCUAUGGGUCAAAGUUUGGAGAUUUAGAUGAGCAAGAGUAUAUUUAUAAGGAACCUACGAUUACAAAACUUCCUGAGAUUUCCCAUAGAUUAGAGAGUUUUUAUGGUCAGUGUUUCGGAGAUGAUGCUGUAGAAGUUAUUAAAGACUCUGUUCCUGUGGACAAAUCGAAAUUGGAUCCUAAUAAGGCUUACAUACAGAUUACCUUUGUGGAGCCCUAUUUUGAAGACUAUGAAAAGAAGUACAGAGCCACCCACUUCGAGAAGAACUACAACCUUCGUCGCUUUAUGUAUACAACUCCUUUUACUCUAGAUGGGCGUCCCAGAGGAGAACUCAGCGAACAGUACAAGAGAAAAACCAUCUUAACCACAAUACACGCAUUUCCUUACAUUAAAACACGCAUCAAUGUCAUCCAGAAAGAGGAGUUCGAACUCACUCCUAUAGAGGUUGCCAUAGAAGAUAUGCAGAAGAAAACACAUGAAUUGGCUGAUGCAACCAACAAGGAGCCACCUGAUGCCAAGAUGCUUCAAAUGUUGCUUCAAGGCUCUGUAGGAGCCACUGUAAACCAGGGACCACUAGAGGUAGCCCAAGUGUUUCUUGCUGAAAUUCCAGCUGACCCUAAACUCUAUCGACAUCACAACAAGCUGAGAUUGUGCUUUAAAGAGUUUAUUAUGCGGUGUGGUGAGGCAGUCGAAAAGAACAAAAGGCUCAUCACUGCUGACCAGAGAGAAUAUCAGCAGGAACUGAAGAAGAACUAUAACAAACUGAAAGAGAACCUGCGACCCAUGAUCGAGCGCAAAAUCCCAGAGCUAUAUAAGAAUGUAGUCAAGACACGUGGUGAUGUCCGAGGGCUGUACCAUAGAACAAGCUUCAGAAAAUACGACUCCCAGCUCUCUUCCAGUGGAUGAUAUCAAAUUCCUGAAGCCCGUCAACCAGAAUGACCAACUCUGGCGGCUGUGAUCAAAAGAAAUACAAACAGUCUGCUCUUAUCUCUGCUGUGACAGCACAGAGCAAAGGAAAAACAAACCACUGCCUGGCAUAACUCGUGCAAACAGUUUUCUGUUGCACAUAUUUUAUGUGUGUGUAAUGUAUGAUUUUCAUAGUUACACCAACAGUACUUGAUAUAAAAUAUAAAAAAACAUAUAUCCUUAAAAAACUUCCUCUAUCUUAGCAGCCAAUCAAGGGGCAGGGCAAUAUUUGCUUGUUUGUACAUUGUGUCAUCUACUAUAUAUAUAUAUAUAUAUAGUAUUGUAUACUAUACUGGUAUAUACUAUAUAGUAUAUACUAUACUACUAUAUAGUAUAGUAUUGCAGCAGCAGCAGCAGCAACUUUCAAUGUCAAGUCUUGUAGUGUCUUCCAUUUUGGAACCAUAUUUGCAGUAUUCAUAUAGUAUAUUAAGAGUACAUAAAAACAUGUUAGAUCAAUCCAGUCAUUGUAGCAAGUAGUUUACUUUUAUGUCUGCAGGGUAGACUAUAAAGAUGUAAAAAAUUAUUUUUAAACCAGUUAACUAAGGUAUUUUUGUACAGUGGUACUAAAUAUUUGAAUCAGCUCUGCUAGGACAAGGGCAUGAUAGAUCAACGUUUAUUUUCUGUUUUUACUGCUUGAUUAUCAGUGCUGUCAGCAUACCUGGUACUGUAUAGAUGUAUUUUUCUAAAUGAUAUCUUUGCCACAGUAUUACUUAUAGUUUUGGAAUCAUUUCUAUCCAAGAUUCAUUAUAUUUUUGUGAAAUUUUUUGUUUUUGAGAAUCGAUGAAAGUGUUUAAAUGGCCAUUUUAUUUUUUUAUAUAAAAAUAGCCUGCAGAAUUUUAUAUAUUUUUACACUGAGAUAAAAAUGAAUAACCUUGAUCUGACUAUUUUUUAAGGAUAAAAUAUUAGUACCUCACUUGAUAUUUGCUGUGUAAAAGAACAAAAAAAUAAUAGAUUUAUAAAGUGAGUUCCUCCUGUUCAUAUAGGAAUGAUAUUGUAAAUCAGGAUGUUACUUUUAACACAUUUCAAAAAAGUGCCCAAUAGUAAUGUUUGCCUUUAUUUGCACUUGCACAGGGGAAUUGAUCUAAGAGAUUAUAUAGAUAAUAUAUACACUGGAUAUUAGUUACAUAAUUCUGAACUCUUUUUACAUUUGCCCAUUUCUUUUAAUAUUAUGAAUAUGCUAAAUAAAUCUAGAUUUCAAUUUUAGUGUAUUAAAAUGAGAUAAUGUUAUUUAUUAUGACAUA